ACCCGCGACCCGGGAGUGAGCGAAUCCGUUUCCCGCCGGCGGGAGUUGAGCAAAGGGCUCGGGGCUGCACUACCAUGGCGGAGCAGCUCUACCUGGAAAACAUAGACGAGUUCGUCACGGACCAGAACAAGAUAGUAACUUACAAGUGGCUCAGUUAUACACUAGGAGUUCACGUUAACCAGGCAAAACAGAUGCUCUAUGAAUAUGUCGAAAGGAAGAGGAAGGAAAACUCAGGUGCUCAGUUGCAUGUUACCUACCUGGUGUCUGGCAGCCUUAUACAGAACGGACAUUCUUGCCACAAGGUCGCAGUGGUGAGAGAAGAUAAAUUGGAAGCAGUGAAGUCCAAGCUAGCUGUGACUGCCAGCAUCCAUGUGUACAGCAUCCAGAAAGCUAUGCUAAAGGACAGUGGGCCUCUGUUCAAUACCGACUAUGACAUCCUUAAAAGCAAUUUGCAGAACUGCAGCAAGUUUAGUGCCAUCCAGUGUGCAGCUGCGGUCCCCAGAGCUCCUGUAGAAUCCUCAUCUUCCAGAAAGUUUGAGCAGUCUGACCUUCAGGCAACAAGUGAGACACAAGCCAGUGACCUGACCACCAAUGGCCAUGGUCCACCUGCCUCCAAACAGGCUUCCCAGCAGCCCAAAGGCAUUAUGGGAAUGCUGCUCUCUAAAGCUGGUACUAAAACCCAAGACACCAACAAGGAAGCGAAAACAGAGGCUAAAGAAGUGACCAGUGUGUCUUCAGCUGGGGGCAAAGCACCAGGAAAAGGGAAUGUGAUGAGCAACUUUUUUGGAAAAGCUGCUAUGAAUAAACUUAAAGUCAGUUUGGAUUCAGAACAAGGGAUGAAAGAAGGAGAACCAGUGGAGCAGCCUCCAGUGUCUGCCUCUGAACCAAAGCUGGCAGCUCCCACAGCUCUGAAGAAAUCCAGCAGGAAAGCAGAGCCUGCAAAGACGCAGCAGAAGGGGAAGAAAUGGGGGAAGCGAGUAGACCUCUCUGAUGAGGAGGCAAAGGAAACCGGAAACCUGAAGAAAAAGAGGAGAAGAAUCAAGCUUCCUCAGUCUGAUAGCAGUGAAGAUGAAGUCUUCCCAGACUCUCCUGAGAUAUACGAAGCAGAGUCACCAUCUCCACCUCCUCCUGCGUCUCCACCUCCUGAUUCUGUGCCAAGACCUGAGCCCCCUCCUGCCAAGAGUUCAAGUGGAGAAAACAAAAGAAAACGGAAGCGUGUCCUGAAAUCUAAAACCUUUGUGGAUGAAGAGGGCUGCAUGGUGACGGAAAAAGUCUAUGAGAGUGAGUCGUGCACGGACACUGAAGAGGAGAGUCAGACGAAGGUGGCCUCAGUGCACAGACCCCCUGCCGCCGCUGUGAAGAAGGAGUCAAAAGAUGAGCGAAAGGGCCCCAAGAAAGGGACAGCUGCUCUGGGCAAAGCCAACAGACAAGUGUCCAUUACUGGCUUCUUCCAGAAGAAGUAAAGCUGUCCUCCCUGCUGAAGGGAGAAGCCUACAAGUAGAGACUGUCACUCACUUACUGUGUAAGUUCGCCUAGCUCCUCGCCUCAAAGCCUGUCUCAAGCGCUGCUCUGCCAUCAUGUUCUGGUCUUUUCAACCAAACGGGAGUCACCUAGAAGCAGGAGGCAAACGCUACUUGAAAAGCUGUUACAUUGUAAUGAGUUUAUAAAGCACAAUCUUUGGCCUGCCUAGGAGAAUUCAUUUGAGAAUUACCUGCUGGGCCCCCUCACCCUGUGCCACGUUCCCAUUCUGGUCCUCUGUAUUCUAUGAGCUUGUGUGACAAUGUUUUUAUUUUAUGAAUUCUACUGGAUGUGUUCACCUCUUCUCCCUUUCCUCUCUGUACUGCCACACUUCUGUCCCCUGACCCCACAAACCUGUUUUCUGUAAAUCUUUUAAAUCUUGGUCAGAUAAAAAGCUAAAGCUAAAAUUCUCUGUAAUCCCCUAUCUGUCAUAUAGUAAGUGACACUCGCUCCAGGCCAGGCCAGUGUGUAGUGUCCGUUCCUUCCACAGAAGCUCUCCAGAACUUUGCUCACACUCAGUGGUUAGGACAGAGCACAAUAGACAUGUACUGAUGUACCCAACCUCACCAGAAAUGACCAAGAGUCAGCGUGGCAGGCACUGGCAGAGCUGCUAUGUUGCCAACAGAGGGCAUCCAAUAUACUCUUGUUCAUGGUUCUUUCUCUCAAAUGUUCCAUUCUCGACACCUAGAGAGUGGAACCAAUGCAGUGAGAUAAAGUAAAGAGAGAAACGGUAGUUGCCUAUUCCUGGAAGGGAUGGGGAACUUAGGCACACAUUUCACACAGAUGUUGCUCCUCUGUAUUUUCCAGGCCCUCCAUUUGCCCAUUAGUACAGGCUUCCCAGGAAGAGAUGGGGGACUGACUGGUCAUAGAUCUAGACAGUAAUUAAAACAUUUGCUUUUUA